UUCGAGAGCAUUCUGGAGGGAAUCUAUGGCCCGUUGCUGCUCAGAGACCUCAAUAUUUUUGAUGGUGAGUGUCCGUGUGUAUUUGCGUACAAGUAUUUUGUGUUAUACAUGAGGCUUGUCUUUUUGACAUGUGAUUGUGUGUGUGUGUGUGUGUGUGUGUGUGUGUGUGUGUGUGUGUGUGUUCAGACUGUGAACCAGAGGAGCUCGACGACUGGGCAGUGGAGGCCGGCUGUUCCUUCUGCGGCCUCCUGAUCAAUGUAAGUUCAGCUCAUUCUAUAAACAUGCAGCCAUUUUCUAUCUUGAUUCACUUCCAGCUCUCGUGGAAACGCUUCGGUCACAGCUAAUAUCGGGAUUCACUGGGGGUUUCUCUUGUCAGUCGCUGCGAAACGUUUUUGGUAGCCGUUGUCAUUCGGGUGACAUUGGUCGUGUUUCCCGCUGCUCGGACGCUGCAUGCAUCAACCGAUGGUUGCGUGCCACGUCACCGACCUGUGUCAUCGACUUACGAUGUGGUUAGCUGAUACGCGUUGGUUUGUAUGUGUUUUAUUAAUGAUGCGUUAGUGAUGUCAUUGCCUCUUCUUCCUCCUCCUCCUGAUAGGACCAUGUCCCGGUGGCGGCCGCCUCCCCCUCCCAAGGCCCCUCCCUCUCAGACAGCAGCCUGUCAGCUCACAGGUUCCUCCACGCCGUGUUCCAUAAGAAGGGUGAGUCCCCGCCCACUCAACUAGAACAGUAACGUUUCCAUAGGAACUAAAAGCCGGUAGAGAUGACGGGUGACCUGUAAACUCUAAUGCAGCGUCGUUGGCUACCUGGUUUAUAAACGCUAUAGAAAUGUAGGUGGGCAGUAUAUAUACAUGUGAUUGAUUGAUUGUCUGUCCAUGCCAGAGCUGUCGUCCGGUGGGGACCCUAACAUCCCUCUGGUUGCCCAGGAACUGAUGAGGAGGAUGGUCAGGCAGUUUGCUAUAGAGUACGUCACCAAGACACACCUCACCACCUCUACCAGCACCGCCACUGGCUCCCAGCGUUCUGACCUCGACACACCUCUAGACCUCACUGUGACACGGAACCAGGAGAACCAGGAGGAGGAACCCACACCAGGUAGAGAACCCAACAGGGCUUAGAACCAACACCAGAGAGAGAACCCAACAGGACUUAGAACCAACACCAGGGAGAGAACCCAACAGGACUUAGAACCAACACCAGGGAGAGAACCCAACAGGACUUAGAACCAACACCAGGGAGAGAACCCAACAGGACUUAGAACCCACACCAGGGAGAGAACCCAACAAGACUUAGAACCCACACCAGGGAGAGAACCCAACAGGACUUAGAACCAACACCAGGUAGAGAACCAAACAGGACUUAGAACCCACAACAGGAGAGAACCCAACAGGACUUACAAUCCAACACCAGGUAGAGAGCCCAACAGGACUUAGAACCCACACCAGGGAGAGAACCCAACAGGACUUAGAACCAAUACCAGGUAGAGAACCCAACAGGACUUAGAACCAACACCAGGUAGAGAACCAAACAGGACUUAGAACCCACACCAGGAGAGAACCCAACAGGACUUACAAUCCAACACCAGGGAGAGAACCCAACAGGACUUAGAACCAACACCAGGUAGAGAACCCAACAGGACUUAGAACCAAUACCAGGUAGAGAACCCAACAGGACUUAGAACCAACACCAGGUAGAGAACCAAACAGGACUUAGAACCCACACCAGGAGAGAACCCAACAGGACUUACAAUCCAACACCAGGGAGAGAACCCAACAGGACUUAGAACCAACACCAGGUAGAGAACCCAACAGGACUUAGAACCAACACCAGGUAGAGAAUCCAACACCAGGUAGAGAACCCAACAGGACUUAGAACCCACACCAGGGAGAGAACCCAACAGGACUUAGAACCAACACCAGGGAGAGAACCCAACAGGACUUAGAACCAACACCAGGUAGAGAGCCCAACAGGACUUAGAACCCACACCAGGGAGAGAACCCAACAGGACUUAGAACCAACACCAGGUAGAGAACCCAACAGGACUUAGAACCCACACCAGGAGAGAACCCAACAGGACUUACAAUCCAACACCAGGGAGAGAACCCAACAGGACUUAGAACCAACACCAGGUAGAGAACCCAACAUUACUUAGAACCAACACCAGGUAGAGAACUCAACAGGACUUAGAACCAACACCAGGUAGAGAACCCAACAGGACUUAGAACCAACACCAGGUAGAGAACCCAACAGGACUUAGAACCCAACAGGACUUAGAAUCCACACCAGGUAGAGAACCCAACAGGACUUAGAACCCACACCAGGGAGAGAACCCAACAGGACUUAGAACCCACACCAGGGAGAGAACCCAACAGGACUUAGAACCAACACUAGGUAGAGAACCCAACAGGGCUUAGAACCAAUACCAGGUAAAGAACCCAAUAGGGCUUAGAACCCAACACCAGGUAGAGAACCAACACCAGAUAGUGAACCCAACAGGACUUAUAACCAACACCAGGUGGAGAACCCAACAGGGCUUAGAACCCAACACCAGGGGGGUAUACUACAAAGCAGGACCAAGGAGUUAGCCAGCUAACUUGCCUAACUAUUUAGAUAUUAUUCUUAUUUUUAUUUUUUUAAGAUAAGCUUGAAAUGGCCAUGGUUUAAUUGACUCUUCGCUAAGCCCCGCCCUGGAAUUUUGGGCAACCAAUCGCAUCGCUCCAAUAGAUAGCAACUGUAGUCGAGUCCGAAACGCAUGAAAGCCAGUGAGGGCAGUGGGCAAAAACCUUGUUUUCUUCAAAAAAUCAUUGUUUAAAUGGUUAAAUAAUUAAACAGUGGACCAGGGGUACUUGCCAAUGAUUCCUGAAAUUGAGUAUUUUUUGAAUCCGUAAUGAUACUUUUGUUAGUGUUUGCUAGCUCAGCUUGGUUAGCUAGCUCUUUCUUAUUGACCACCAAACGUUGUUAUCGCUAGCUAGCUAGCCACUUAAUAUAACUUGUUUUCUCUAAAUGUAUGUUAGCUAGCUAAGUUGGCUAUAUUAGGAAUUUUUAAUUAGCACUUAUUAUCCCAAAAUUGGUUAGUAUCUUCGACUAUGCACAGUGCAUUCAGAGCCAUUUAGUGGCAAGCCACGCUACAAAACAAUUUGACCAGGUUCCAGUGAAGCAAUUGGAAUGACAGUCCACCACAACAUACCCAAGAGUUUCCUGAUUUGAGCAAGGGGUAGUCGGGUGUUUAUUUUUCAUUUGUGUAUUAAAAACAUAGUUUGAGAUCAUUGUGAGGAGAUUUGGCCAAUGGUCAGAAGGGGGGAAAUGGGCUUCCCGGGAAAAUGUAAUCUGAGGUAGCAACAGUAACCAAGGGGACCGGUGCUUAGCGACGGGUCAGUUGAUUCAACAACCCGAAAACACAUAUCUACAAGUUUAACUUUAAAAAAAAUAAAGAACGAGAAAAUGAGUCGUUAUUUCUGGAUGCUUAUCAAAGUUAGCUGGCUAACUAUUUGAUCCUGCUUUGUGGUAGACCAACUCAGGGAGAGAACCCACACCGAGGUUGAAGAUGCCAAGGUGAGGAUAACGUCGUAGCUUCUGGAAAUAAACGAGAUUCGUGGGACCAGUGCCGUUGCUAACUAGCAUCGCUUGGUCCCUUUUGUUUUAGAAUUCUUCUGCGUUGAUGCAAAGAGUUAUGGGAUAUUAGAAUCCUCGUCCUAUCUUUGACCUUGAUCCACACCAGGUAGAGAAUCCAACAGGACUUAGAACCCACACAUUUCUAACUAGUUGUCCGGCCUCUAACUAGUUGUCCGGCCUCUAACUAGUUGUCCGGCCUCUAACUAACUAGUUGUGUGAUUCCUCCUCCCGUAGCGAACAGUGUGCUGGACCUCUCCAAGCGGAGCUCUGCCAGAUCACCCACCUUCCCCAAAGCCUCAGGGUGAGUGUCUCUCCUCUCCUUGGUCCCCUAACUGUGGCUCAGUGUCCAUACUAGCACACUACUUAGUAUGCAUAGCCCAAUAGAUUACAUCAUUACUAUUUACCAUGCAUUUACAAUACUAUACUUCACUUUAAGUACCAUACUAUUUAAGCUUGUACGGCAAAAAACACUACUUGAAUUCAGAGUGGUGUGCUUGUUAGUGUGUCGGGACAGUGUUAGGUUGAUCUGUAUCUCAGUUAGACUGGUCAGAAUGCUCUUUAUAUUUCAACCAGUCCUCUGGUAUCAAUGGAACCAGGCUGUAGACUUGGAUGGUGAAUUGAAUAAUGUACUGGUGAUGGGAUGGGAUGUAUAUAUCCAUAUAAAUCAGGUGGUAACCUCCCUGUUUCAACAACACCUGUUAGUCCCUCUACGGAACACGGCCCUGGUGUAGCCAGCAAGCCGGAACACGGCCCUGGUGUAGCCAGCUAGCCGGACCACGGCCCUGGUGUAGCCAGCUAGCCGGACCACGGCCCUGGUGUAGCCAGCUAGCCGGAACACGGCCCUGGUGUAGCCAGCUAGCCGGAACACGGCCCUGGUGUAGCCAGCUAGCCGGACCACGGCCCUGGUGUAGCCAGCUAGCCGGAACACGGCCCUGGUGUAGCCAGCUAGCCGGACCACGGCCCUGGUGUAGCCAGCUAGCCGGACCACGGCCCUGGUGUAGUCAGCUAGCUGGCUGUGUGUGUGUGUCCGUGUGUGUUGUUGCUAUGUGAAGGGGGUUGACUCUUAUCACUUGUUGAGUGGUAACGUCACGGCAACGUCACAACGUCACGGCAACGUCACAAUAACGUCACGGCAACGUCACAACAACAUCAGUAGCAGCACUACAUUGAGGAUGUAUAACACUGGAACAAGCUACUGUGGGUGGGGGUGGGGUGGGGGUGUGUCUGGCUUCAGCCUGUAACCUCAGCUAUUCAGACUUCUACACAGAAACAGGUGUGUGUGUGAGACACAGAGUAACGUGAGACUGGAGUGUUCCUGUUCCUAAUAACGCUGUGGACCAGCACCCCUUUAACCAAAAUACUAUACUGCAAAGACCUUUCUUCAUGUGACAGACAGACAGACAGACACACAGAGAUGAUGUCACUCCCUUUCUUCAUGUGACAGACAGACAGACAGACACACAGAGAUGAUGUCACUCCCUUUCUUCAUGUGACAGACAGACAGACAGACACACAGAGAUGAUGUCACUCCCUUUCUUCAUGUGACAGACAGACAGACAGACAGACACACAGAGAUGAUGUCACUCCCUUUCUUCAUGUGACAGACAGACAGACACACAGAGGUGAUGUCACUCCCUUUCUUCAUGUGACAGACAGACAGACAGACACACAGAGAUGAUGUCACUCCCUUUCUUCAUGUGACAGACAGAGAGACGUCAGUCACAGAUGACGUCAGCUCUUGACAGACCUUGGCAGUGAUGUUACCAACACAAGACAUAAAAGGAGUCGGCCCUCUCGCCCCUCCCUGAUCCUGACGGUGGUGUUUGGUCCUCCCCCCCACUAGGAGGCAGCAGCGUUGGGGAGCAGCCAGGGCGUACCAGACCAAGUACCACCGUGCUGAGAGGUCCAGUGAGCUGUCUGAGGGGAGGACAGAGUACCACCAUGCUGAGAGGUCCAGUGAGCUAUCUGAGGGGCUGCUGUCCAAGGCUCUGAGAGACGUGAGGUCUGGUAGUCUCCAGGAGAACAGGGCUGCUCUGCUCUACGGGAUCCCCCCUGGAACACUGCGCUCACAGCUGGAGGCCCCGGGCCCCGUACAGGGGGAGGAUGUGACCUCACAGGAUGUGAUGUCAUCGGCGCACGGCGGGGAGAUGCGGCUGGCGCUGCAGAGGGUGGCGGCCUGGGCGGAGCUGGGAGCGAGUGAGGAGAACGGAGAGAUGCUCUUCUCUUCAUCCUGUCUGACCCAGCGUGGCCUGCAGAGGGCUUUGUCUCUGUCGCACCCCCCCUCCAGCCCUCACCCCCACACCCCCCUCCGUAUCCCCCAGGUCAGAUCUAGCUCCAGACCAGCUCCCCGUCUCCCUGAGCCUUACAGCCUGGCUGAGGCCCUGCAUUACCACCACCCACCACACCAUGGCGCCACCACCACUAAUACCGCUGCUACCUCUUCCUCUCUGCUGAGACUCCACCGCGCCCUCCUGCCUUCCCUCGACCUGCCUGACCCCGCCCACCACCACUGCUCCUCAUUGGAUGAUCCUGAGGACGGGGCGGAGCGUAGCGGGGAGAACAAGCAGUCCAGGAAGAAGCGUGGGCGCUACCGGCAGUACGACCACGACCUGCUGGAGGAGGCUAUCUCCAUGGUGAUGGGGGGCGGGAUGAGCGUGUCCAAGGCCCAGGGGGUUUAUGGGAUCCCUCACAGCACGCUGGAGUACAAGGUCAAAGAGCGCAACGGAACCCUCAAGACACCGCCCAAGAGGAGGCCCGUCGUGACCGCGACCACACGGCAACCGCUGGACUCUGCCGGUUCCGCCGUCUCGGGGAUUAACGCCACCGCCACAAACGGGUUCUAG